AUUCCGUCCUUCUCCGGUAGGUGGCGCAUGGAGAACAGUUUACAUCACGUUGAGGACGGUGCAGGACAGCGUAGGACAGCUGACAUCCUUGCACUCACCAACUGCAUCCAGCAGGGCCAGCCAUGGCAGGGCAUGACGCAGGAAGUCAGCACCAGUUCACAGGGAUGGCCAAAUAUUUCAAUUCAUACACCAUCACGGGGAGGAGGAACUGUGUGCUGGCCACCUACGCAGGCAUUGCUAUAAUCUUCCUGUAUUUCAAAUUGAAACCCAAGAAGAAGCCGGUCACAGCAAAGUGAUGCAAGUAAGUGAAGUGCUCUCUCAGGACAGCUCCAUUGCACUGCAUACUGGUUGCAUUUCAAGAUCCAUCUGCUUCAUUUGCUGAGUGCUGUGGCUAGUUCAUUAUCAUGACAGCCACAGCAGUGAACACAUGUAGAGUAUGAAACAAAAGUGAUUCAUUUUGACUGACUAAAUUCUGUGUCAAAAGCUGCAAAUUUUAAUAAUAAUGCCAAAUGUUUGUGUUGUAAAUAACCCUUUGAAGGCAAUGGUGUAAUUUGUAAUUCUAAGGCAAUAUAAAAAUGUUAGCUGAAGUGUGUCUCUUCAGGUAUGUUGCACAGACGCAAACAAUCAGAAACUACUGCUGCUCCGAAGUGCAGAAGAACACUUUCAUUUUCAACAAGAUGUGGUGUAUAUUGUGUAGCCUACAACAACAGUCCAAGGAGGAAUGAAAGUUAGGCAGUCCAAACCAGUUAUUAAUGUUGUAGCCCAAGAAAACGUUUCCAAUAUUUUAGCAUAUAGUUUAAUAAAUACAGCAUAGAUGUCCCGAUAGCUGAUUUGUUUCUGAUGAUUAACAUUGCUUUGUAACAUUCCUUACUUGUUGCUAUAGUGCCACAGUGUGGAAUUUCAUUUCACACGACCAGAUUCACUUCAAGUUCACAACAAAUAAUAAAUAAACUAAUGAUGACCUUCA